AUGACGGUUCCUCCAGUAUACAUUGUUUCCACUGCUCGUACCCCAAUCGGUUCAUUUCAAGGUGGUUUGUCAUCAUUAAGUUAUCCUGAAUUGGGUGCUCACGCUGUAAAAGCUGCAUUGGCUAAAGUACCACAAAUUAAACCAGAAAGUGUUGAUGAAAUUGUCUUUGGUGGAGUUUUACAAGCUAAUGUUGGUCAAGCACCAGCUAGACAAGUUGCCUUGAAGGCCGGUUUACCAGAAACCAUUGUUGCUUCUACCAUUAACAAAGUCUGUGCGUCAGGAAUGAAGGCAGUUAUCAUUGGGGCUCAAAACAUCAUCACUGGAAGCAGUGAUAUUGUCGUUGUUGGAGGUGCCGAGUCUAUGAGUAAUACUCCAUACUACUUGCCAAGUGGUAGAAGUGGUGCCAGAUACGGAGAUGCAUCUAUCGUUGAUGGUAUCCAAAAGGAUGGUUUGUUGGAUGUCUACAGCUCUAAGUUGAUGGGUGUUGCCGCUGAAAAAUGUGCCAAAGACCAUUCAAUUUCAAGAGAACAACAAGAUGCAUUUGCCAUCAACUCAUACAAGAAGGCUGCCGAUGCUACGUCCAAGGGAAAAUUCAGUAAUGAAAUUAGUCCAAUUACCAUCAAAGGUGUCAGAGGUAAGCCAGAUGUCACUAUUAGCGAAGAUGAAGAAGUUAAGAACUUCAACGAAGCUAAAGUCAAGGCAGCAAGAACUGUAUUUCAAAAAGAAAAUGGUACCGUUACCGCUCCAAAUGCAUCCAAAUUGAACGAUGGUGGUGCAGCAUUGAUUUUGGUUUCUGAAGCUAAAUUGAAGGAAUUGGGAUUGAAACCAUUGGCCAAGAUUAUCGGUUGGGGUGAAGCCGCAAGAGCUCCAAUUGAUUUCACCAUUGCUCCAUCAUUGGCUAUUCCAAAAGCUUUGAAACAUGCCAACAUUUCACAAGAUAAAGUUGAUUUCUUUGAAUUGAAUGAAGCUUUCUCAGUUGUUGGUGUUGCCAAUUGUCAAAUUUGCAACAUUCCACAAGAAAGAGUUAAUGCAUAUGGUGGUGCUGUUGCCAUGGGCCAUCCAUUGGGUUGUUCAGGUGCUAGAAUUAUUAUUACUUUGAUUUCCGUUUUGUCACAAGAAGGUGGAAAGAUUGGUUGUGCUGGUGUAUGUAAUGGUGGAGGUGGUGCCUCAUCUAUUGUUAUUGAGAAAGUUGAGCACGAUACUAAAUUAUAG